AUGCUUAAUUACGACAAAACAAUGAAAUUCAAAACAAAUAAUAAUGUGAUGGAAAAUAACAUGACGGCAGCAAAUACUCAGCAAAAUGAUCACAGCGGUGGUCGACGUAUGUCCAGAAGAAUGUCGCGAAAGAUGUCAUCAGUGGUGGGAGUGAUGGGAGAGGAAGGGCUCGACUUCUUGGAGAGUAUGGAAGAGUGCAAACGUGUGAUCGAGUUAUGCAUUCAGAAUGAGUUCGACAAAGCGAUCGAUAUAUGCGAGAAGUGGUCCAAAACAAGUCUCUAUCACUCGCACGGAAAAUCUCUGCUCAUGUUUAUGAAGGCUGUGCUCACACUUGAAACGUGCAAACAUAGAGCGAAGGAGAGGGAGAAGAGAAGCACUUGUCCAGAGAUAGCACAGGCGAUGGAGGCCAGCAAUGAGACGAGCACUCUGUGCGAUAAGUACCGCAAAAGUGUGUCCAUAACUAAUAGUGUCUCCAAAUACUUAUGGAAACCCAAUUACAACGAGUAUACGGAAGUGGAAAUACACGCGGAGCUGAUCCACGCCGAGAAUCUAUUGAUCAUAGCGUUGCUCACAUUCUUCAGCGACCAGAAUAUCAUGUCUCUGGUUAAGGGGGCGUUCCGUAUCCGCUCGUGUCAUAACUCCUAUAAAGAGUGUUUAGAGAUAUCUGAGACCCGAACGCAAUGGUGUAGUGAGCGGUCGAAAGUGCACUUUGUGUCGGGCGUACUGCUGGGCAACGGAGCCCUGAAUCUGGUUUUCUCGCAUUUACCCAAACGUGUGCUCAAACUUCUGGAGAUGAUUGGCUUUUCCGGCGACAGAAACACCGGUUUAGACCUAUUGUCCAAAUGCUCUCAGGACGAGUCGGGUCUGCGUUUCUACCCUGGGCAGUUAGUGAUCGCCGGCUACGAGUGCUAUAUUAAUCAGAUGUUUGGUGUGAGAAAAUCCAAUCUCGAUGUCGUCGAAGAGUUUAUCGACAAAGGGCUCGAUAAUUACGCGCAGAGCUCCUGGUUUUUAUGGUUCAGAGCGCGGAUAUUGCAGUUGAGAGGAGACAUCGACUCCGCAAUCGUUUACUUCAAUAAAUGCAUUGAAUCCCAGGAAGAAGUGAAACAAAUGCAUAACAUAUGCUAUUGGGAGCUACUCUGGUGUCACGCGGUGAAGUUUGAAUGGGAUUUGGCCGCAAAAUACGCUCAGAUACUGAAGGAUCAGUGCAAUUGGUCUGCGGCCACAUUCACGUACCAAAAGGCGACCUUUUUAUACAUGAAAAUGAUUGACGAAAACUUACCCGAAAUGCAUUCAGAAGUUUCCGAACUGUUCAGAGAAGUCCCAAAACUAAAGGUGCGAAUCGCCGGCAAAACAAUACCACCGGAAAAGUAUGUUUGCGUGAAUGCCGUCAAGUAUUUCACCCAAAACGAGUCGCUAGAAUUGAUGUAUAUCUGGAAUAUAUAUGCAAUUCUUGACCAAAACGAGUCGCUCGUCGAUCCCAUAAUCGAUAGAAUCAAUCGAUUAAUACCAAAGUAUAUAAACGAUCGCAUUUGUGAGAAAGCGAGAAAACAUCACAAAAAUGCUGAGAAGUGUUUCGCAGAGAUUCUCUAUAAUGAGAAACACAUCAAAAAAGACAAAUUCAUUCUUCCGAUGGCGUCUCUGGAGUUGGGAUUAACUAAAUUAGAUCUCGACUCUAAAACUGAGGCCAAGUAUUGGCUGAAAAAAGCCAAAAACGAUUACACGGGGUAUUUGUUGGAAACGGUGGUCCACUUCAAGGCUCACAGCGCUCUCCAAAGGAUCAAAGCCCUGAGCAAAGAGGACACGACCGCAACCGGAAGUCACAAAUAA